AACUUCACAGUAGCCACGCCUAGGACUGGUACUGCUGUGUGGACAGAAUAAACCCUACGCUUCUAACCCCCAUCCCAUGCACUAUAUAAAAGUUGAGUCCAUAAUUGUUUUUACCGAAAUGUUCUACAAAUUAUGAUUGCAUAUUUAUUUGAGUGUAGAAAGGAGCUGCAAGACUUUCGCAAUCCGCUCUGCAUUCCACGAUUCCGCUGGCCCGCAUCGUCAAUUAAUGGCGCCCAAUGAAAUACAAGGUCGAGGCUCCACAUUCUCGAGCGGGGACUUGCCAGGAAAACAAAUCCGUCUUCCCACGGACUAUACACGUCUAUGGUCUUCCUUCCUGUAACCGGCCGCUUAGCAGCACGGAUACUGACGUGAUUACUUCGUGUGUGGAGCAGAAAUUACAGCAAGAACAUCAAAGCAAGACAACAGAUAAAGAACCAUGCCGACAGCCAGCCGAACAGUGUGCAUAAUAGUGAUUGCUGUCCUUGCUGCCUUGGUCAUCAUGAGCAUCUGUCUGAUCGCAACUUCACUGAAGAAGCUGAAAUCUGCUGAAGUUGGACUGAAGUAUAACACAAUAUGGAAGAAUCUAGACAACAAGGUGUACACAGAGGGGCUGCAUGCUGGCCCACCUGGGUUUACUUUCAUUAUCUUCCCUAACACUUACACUACACUGACAUAUAGCAAGUUGAGGUGCCUGAACAAAGAUGGAGUACCUAUACGCCUGGACAUAACAUUUCAGUUCAAGGCAAAGCAGAGUCAAAUCUAUGACAUCAUCAUGGACUUUCGAGAUUUUGAUGGCUAUAAACAAGUUCUCACAAAUUCAGGACAGGCUGUGGUGCACGAGGCAUGCAGCCACUACAAUACAUCUCAGUUUCAAUCUGAAAGAGGUAACUUUCAGUCAACCUUAUCACGGAUAUUGAGGGAACGCUUUGACAAGCUGAGCGCUGACAUCACUGACCUACAGGUCAACAACAUUGAGAGGCCGUCAGAAUAUGAAGCAGCUAUUCGCAGCAAGGAAAGGGCUCGAGAAGACAUAGAGGUAGCCAAGAAUGAACGUCCUAGACUGCUUACUGAGGCGAACACCAAGAAGCGAGAGGCAGAGUCUGAAGCACAGAUCAUACUUGAUAAAGCAGAAUCUGAUGCCAGGAUAAUGCAGAACAAAGCCAAAGCUGAAGCUGAAGCCAUCUUAACACAGUAUCGAACAGAAGCAGAAGCAUAUACUAAUGUUAUCAGCGCCAAUGGGCUCAAUUUCUCACCUGAAGGAUUCAUCUCCUAUCUUGGAGUCCGGGUGAUCGCUUCCGCUAAAAAUCCAGUGUAUAUUGGCCUGGAAAGUCCAGCUAAGACAUCAUACAAGACACCAUAAGCCCAUAAGUAAUUAUUAGUUAUGUGGAUGAAAUCUUUCUGCCGAAACACUCACCACACACUAUCCCUGUUAUCCCUGUGUCUAUUUCAUCUUUUAUGUGAAAAGAUAAGUGGAUUUAUUCAUGCAGUCACGGUGAAAUGAAUUUAGCCUGUUUCAUACAUAACAGUUACAAAUGUUUUAUUAUAGAGGUAAGAGAUACUUCAAGAUAAGGCUUUCUGAAACAUUUUUCUGGUAGUUUUUCAAUGUUUUUCAUCGGAAGCCUGUUAUCUGAGUCGGUGUUUAAAUUAUUAUUUCUAAAGGUUGCAUUACCCUAGGCUGCAUGGGGUUCGCAGAAAAAAAACAGUAAAGAACUUACAGCUUUCUUUAUCAUUUUUUUUAACACAUGCAUAGGGUUGUUUUAUAAAUUGUUGAUGGCAAGAUGAAGUAGUCAGUGGAUCUCUAAAAAGCUGAUAUUAUUAAAUAAAAUCUCACGGUCAGAAAAGCUGGGCCUGCAUGAGGGGGAUUUAACCCAUGUCUACACAAGGGUAAAUAAUUCAAAAGGCAGCUUUGAGUUUUCUUUAAUUUUUGCCUGCCAGGAAAUGACUGUUGUAAGACACUGUUUUAUAAUAGCUUAAGCAUAAAAACUUGAAAGAAAAAUGCAGGAUUUUACAUGUAAAAGUGUCUUUCCUCAGAUAUUUUAGCAAUGCAUCGGUCUGUUUACUGAGGCUUGUUACCUGCUAUAUUUUUGUUUGAUAAAUAAUUUUAUACUAAAGAUAUUUCAGUUUUUCAAAUGUUGUUUGCGUGUUGGCUCAUUCCGAGCAACGUUUUUAUUUGUAAAUUGUUUACAACAUAAUACUAUUUUCCUUGUUAAUGGAUUUGUUUUUUGUAUUGAAUUUAGAAGAAAUUUAAGUAACAUUACUGAAAGACAAGAAUUUGUUAAGAUAUCUGUAAUUCUUUUACACAAUAAAUAUGACAUAUAUGAGGUACAUCACUUGCUUAAAAUUUAACAUACAGAAACAUAGAAAAAUAUGCAUAAAUACUUUAGAUCUGUAACAAACUGUUAUAUGCUGUGCAAAAAUAAUGUGUUUUACAUGUAUACAUUGAUUUUUGCCUCCAUUCUACAACUUCACGUACCACAUCUGUAUUUGGAAUCUUGUAAAAUGAAGAGCUCACUGUAUUUGCUGCAUUAUAUUCUGACCACUAAAGUCAAUUGCUGAAGUGUAUUGUAGAGUGUUAAAAAAAGAAUAUGAACACUUUUGAAAAAUAUUUUAGUACCUUUUUAUUUAUUUUAGUGACUUGUAUCAUGAAUAGUGUAAAAAUGGUGAAAAAUCUAAUUAACACACACCCCUCUAUGACUGUAUUUCUCUCUCUCACACAUACACUAGUUUAUUGGUUUCAUUCUCAGACCUUUAUAGGAAUUCUUUGUGAAGGUGAGGCAUGUACUAAUUAAAUUGCAUAAGCUGCUU